UACUAUGUGGUUUCGUCUCGUUUUGACAAAAAAACUUCGGUUCGCGCAUGUUAAGUUGUGUCUGAAACUGAUAUAUUUAGCAGUCCUGUGUCUAUUUCGGGAGAUACCUGUUACUUCUUGCAGACAGCGGGACAUACACGGGUGCAUAUCAAAAUGACAAAUGUUUUCCAAUAACAACCACAAAUUUCAUGCUAUAAGGAGACAGUAUCUGAAGCCUACAUGAGUGAUGUCUUUGAUUCCCCGAGCCCUACGGCCAACUAACGGUGUCGAACUGUGCUUUUUCGAAUGAAAGGAUUUUGUCGGCUUUGACAUUCAUGUCCCAAAGAUUUAGGAUGAGAAAACCUAAAGUUAAGCGAAUGGUUCUCGCCAUGUGCCUGAGUUGUUUCAUAAUGGUCAUAAUCUAUUUUCAAAGCAACCUGAAACCAGCCUCUGUGCAGGUCAAUGGGAGGAGCAGCAGACAGGGCAAGUCUAGGAGAAGUCCACUGCAGACUCACUACGACAGUGACCAGUUGGUCGUGCAGGUGACCCACCAGGGCCGUCGGGAGCUCAUGGAGGAGGCAUGUCGCUUGUACACCCGCAAGCACCAUGUGCUCAUCCCAGGGGAUCUCAAGCACGUCAUCGUGGAUGACCAAAACGGCCUGCUCUACUGCUACGUGCCCAAGGUGGCUUGCACAAACUGGAAGCGCAUCCUAAUGGUUCUGACGGGGGCUGUGAGCCCCCGUGACCCACUCGCCAUUCCUGCCAACGAAGCCCACGUGUCCGGCAACCUGCGCACGCUGUCGGAGUACUCGACCUCCCAGAUCAACCAACGCCUAAGUUCUUACCUGAAGUUUGUCUUUGUGCGCGAACCUUUCGAGAGGCUUGUCUCAGCCUACCGCAACAAGUUUACGCGGAGCUACAACACAGCCUUCCACAAGCGCUAUGGUACGAAGAUUGUUCGUAGACACCGGAUGGACCCCCAGCCGGAAGCCCUGGAAAGGGGCAACAAUGUCUCUUUUGAGGAGUUUGUGUACUACCUGGUGGACCCAGCUACACAGCGCGAAGAGCCCUUUAAUGAGCACUGGGAGCGUGUGCACUCGCUCUGCCACCCUUGCCUGAUCCACUACAACGUGGUGGGGAAGUACGAAACACUGGAGCAGGACUCCCGCUAUGUGCUUCAGUUGGCUGGGGUGGACAGCCAGGUCAACUUUCCGUCCUCAGCCAAGAGCACCAGGACUACGGAAGACAUGGCCGCCCAGUUCUUCCACAACAUCAGCCCUUUUUACCAGAAGAAGCUGUACAACCUUUACCGCAUGGAUUUCCUUCUCUUCAACUAUUCCAUGCCAGAGUACUUGAAGUUUCGAUGAAGUGAAUGUGCUUGCUUGGACAUUCUUUGUUGGUAAGGUUCACAAAAAUGCAGUCAGAAACUCAACUAUAUGUUGUAUGAAGAGGAUAUUUUAUGACAAUGGAAAUCAGUUUUCUGACAAUAAGUAACUUAUGUUAUUAACUUUUAACAGCUGGUAUGGCAUGUGUCUGACAAUAUUAUGUAGGCCAUAUUACCCAAGAUAGAAUCUCAAAAGCAUGAUUAUACAUUGUUUGAGGCAUUUGUCUCAGUCCUUUUACCUAAUUAGAUAGAUUUUUCAUCAAGAUACAGUAUGUCAUUACAACAUGGAGAAUACAUGUUUGACAAAGAUAAUUAAGCCAAUAGAGUUGGAACUAUUGCCUUCACCACAAGUCAAAGAUGCAGUGCACCAACAACGUUUCUGAAUGUGAAAUUAUCAAAUUGUGUGCCCACCACUGAACACAAUAUUUUGAGUUUGGGCUGUCAAGAGAUUUACAUUAUUUACGUCAUCAACAUUAUUUACAACAAGAGGAUGUGCACAAUGAAAGUGUUUAUCACAUAGGGACAAUGUCUGUUUCAUUACAGAGCCUCUGAUUGGGUGCCUCAAAGGCAUAUAGAAUGUCAUCUACUUGGAAAUGUGAUUGUUAUUGUCUUCU